UUGUUCCCGUCAGCGAAUCAAACGGAUCCGGUGAUUAUUUGGCUUGGUGAUGGUCCAGCGUGCAGCGCACUUUAUGAUGCAGUGAACAACAUCGGCCUGUAUCGGAUCGACCCAAGCGGAAUGUUGCUUUAUGAAAAUCCGUACUCUUGGGAUCAUGUGAGUGAUUCAUAA